UUUACGGUUUGAUGUCCAUUCAAAUCUGACAGAAACUAUGCUGCUUUUGUUUAUUUACUUUAAAUAGCUACGUAGAAUGAUAAUCAAUCGAUAAUUAUGAUAAAACUUCUUAAUCCAUUUAAUAUUUAGUGAUUGUUCUAAAUAACUGCAAAUUAAAAUAUGGCAUUGAAAUAAUUAAAAAAAACUUGCCAGUUUUAAGAGUAACUAUUCAAAACUUAAUUGUCGUAAGAAUACAGUGAGCGAUAGGCCAAGGAACAAAAAGAAAUAAUGAAAAUGAAGACAGGCUUCAACCAUCCGAAACAUUUGUCCAAAUUUUAAUCAUCGCUGGAUAUGGUUUAUCAAAAAAUCUUUCUGAAUGCUGGGGUUCUGCUCUUCACCUGUGUCUUAUAUACUUAUGCUCUGAACUCAGAUUAUCCUCCAAGAUUCAAGCCUGAAUGUUCGCCCUGGGACAGUUGUUGGAAUAUGACACCUGAAUAUAGAAGAGAUUUCACGCAGAGAAACUGCGAAUGUGACAGUCUCUGCACAGCUUUUAAAGACUGCUGCGUCGACGCAAAUGCCAGAAUAAAGUUUCCUUAUUAUUACAAGAAUAGGCUUGAUACCUGCUUUAGAUAUGGUAUAUAUGACGAGGCAAUUUAUGUCGUGGGUAGUUGCCCUCGCGAUUAUAACGACUCAAUCAUUGUCAAGCGAUUCUGCGAAGGUCGAGAUGACUUCACAGAUCCUAUGAUGUCAACUCCUGUUUCCGAUGUACAUUCUGCUUCGACUUAUCGCAGCAGAUAUUGCGCUUUAUGCAACGGUGCACCCGCAUUUAAGCUAAAACCUUGGAGGAUGUAUCUGAAAUUUGAUGAUUCUCAUCCACAGCUUACAAAUGCAGUGUUUGUGAUGAUGAAAGACUUCAUAUUCAGCCACGAUUUCAAAAAAUGGGGCAUAUAUGUAAAUGAUACUUUCCGUCCUUUCGAAUUUGUAUUCCAGAAACCCGAAUCUGUUUCAGAUGUCCGAUAUUGCCGACCUAAUUUGAUAUCUUCUUGUCCUCCCAACUGGCAACAUGAAUAUGUAACGAGAGCUUGCCAUUCUUAUAUGGGGGUGGUUCAUCACGAACAUGAUUCUUACAAAAAUGUUCAUUGUGCCCUAUGCAACGGCUUAGGUUUGAGUCAACUCACAUGCUAUGAACACAUCCGCAAUGCCAGAUUCGUAGAGAGUGAUCCUUUCUUACUGCUACUGGUCACCAAUAUGAACCAAAUGGAAUACAUUGGCAGACGACGCAAAUGUAGAUAUGGGCAAAUAUAUGACCGUUUUCGCAAAAUUUGCAGAAAAUUAUCGGCAAUGAACUGAGAGAAGCAGAAUAUUAUAGAAAAUGGGCAGUGAUUCUCGGUGGCAUUUAACACAAUGGCAUUUUGUAUUACAUGCUUUUAUAGUAAAUGACAUUUCUUUCAGUUUAAAAAAGACGAUGAAUAUGGUUACAUAUUCAAAAAAGAGCAACCAAAACUCAUAUUCUGAAGAUUAAUGAACAUAAUAAAUUUAAUGAACACAAUGAUAAAUGUGAGAGGGAUACAGAUAAAAAAAAUCCAUCCUUCCCCCAAACUUUAUCUUUUUUAUGAAUAAAGCUUUUCCUUAUUUCGAAUUUUAUAAAAUAUAAUUGAUUUUAUUAUGUUUUUAAAGCUGCAACUUAAAAUUAUGUAACUAAAAGUUACCUGAAUAACAUUAAAAUAAAGAAUGCCGAUCUUUUGAUAAAGAAUGUAUCUGUUGAAACUUUCACAAUGUUGAAAAAAACUUCAAAAUUUUCAUAUUUCAGCCGUACAUUCAUAUUAUGAACUUAUUUUUGUUACUUUUUUCAUUUUUCCUAUUUGCAUUCAAUGUUUUUAACACAUUUUUAUACUUUGUUUCAUAAUUGUAAUGACGGAAUUUUGUCAAGACUUAUGAUAUUACUUAACUUAACUUACUUCUUGAUAUUCUCGGUGGCAACAUACAAAGUGUAAGAGAGUGUAUUCUCGGUGGUGCUAUUUUAAUAUUUUCAGAACUUUAUUGUCAAUUUAUAUAUUAAUUCAAAUACAUUUGGAAUCUUUAUGCAUGUCAGCACCCUGGUAAUGAAUUUUAAAAAGUGAUUAUAAAAUUCGGAAAUAUUU